AUGGAAGCCGCGUGCCAGUGCGGCGCCGUCAGAUUCACCACGCCCCUCCCCAACCCCCUGGCGCUCUAUGUCUGCCAUUGCGACGACUGUCGCCGCCAGGCAAGCUCUGCGUUCGGCUCCUCUGCCAUCUUCCCCCGCUUCAACCUCCCGGACUCGGAGCUUCUGAGCUGCUACAGGCGUCCGACAUCCACGGGCCAGACUCUUUAUUGUUACUUCUGCCGCAACUGCGGCACACGAAUGCUCCAUUCAGUACCUAACAAGAACGUCAUCUCCAUAAAGGCAGGCUGCAUCCAGGGCCUGGACUGGACAAAGGCAAUCCACAUCUGGGCCAAGAACGCCAUGGUCCCCAUCCCCGAGGGCUCGGAGUCGUACACGUACGGUCCCCCCUCGUCGCGGAACAGCUGCGCCGCGUACAGCUCGCCCGGGUCGUCGAGCGAGGGCUCGUACGACCAGCCGGACGAGCUGAUGGGUAACGGGAGCUGCCAUGUUGAAGAUGGACACGAAUCUACUAAAUGA